UGGCGGAGUAGUGGCGCGACAGCCAACACGAUAACACGGGGUAGAACUCCUUUUGUGCUAAGAGAUAAUUAAGUACCUCGCGUAUCUUGUGUGAUAUGUUUAGUUUACGAAAAUUGCGUGAUACGCUAAGAGUAGUGUCAACGACGAAUUGAAACAAUCACUCCGUUUGUGGUGUGACACAUCGUAAACGUGAAUAUAAUACAAAAUAAAAUCAAGAGUGAGCACUGAAAACAUUCGGAUUCGAUUAAAAACCCAAAUACAUUAAGCAUGCUGUUUUAUAAGGAUAAAAUAUUGUCGCCGGGCCAAUUGAAAAGAUUGUCCGAGCACAAGUACAGCUGUUCGAGCGCAAGCAUUCUCGACAGCCUUUUGCAACCCUGGUGGGACUGGCUUGUUAGCAAAGUUCCACUUUGGCUUGCGCCCAAUCUCAUUACGAUCCUCGGUCUCAUCGUCAAUAUCGCCACGACGUUAAUCCUCGUUUGGUACAGUCCCGACGCCAAAGCUGAGGCACCAAGAUGGGCGUGUUUUUUGUGCGCUCUUGGUCUCUUCAUUUACCAAAGUUUGGAUUCCAUAGAUGGAAAACAAGCGAGAAGAACAGGGACAUCUUCGCCAUUGGGAGAGCUAUUUGAUCAUGGAUGCGAUUCAAUAUCAACAGUUUUUGUUGCCCUUUCUGCCUGCAUCGCAGUUCAAUUGGGAUUCUAUCCAACGUGGAUGUUUUUCCAAUGUUUUUGCGCAAUGACAUUGUUCUAUUGCGCCCACUGGCAAAGCUACGUCUCAGGUUCGUUAAAAUUCGGGAAGAUCGAUGUCACCGAGGCCCAAUUCACGAUAAUGACGAUUCACUUGAUAUCCGCCAUCUUCGGUCCCACAGUCUGGAUGAUGGAGAUACCGUUGAUAGAGGGUUUUGAAUUAAAAUAUUUGAUAGGCGUUAUGACGGUGGUGUGCGCGUUGACAAGCUUAUAUGCGAUGUUUUCGGUGAUAUUUACCGGAGGAGUGGGCAAGAACGGCUCGACGGUCGCUGUCCCUGGGCUUGGCACCAUAUCUAACUGCGUUGCAGCUAUUUUUUAUGCAGGCUUCAUUCAUAUCUUCCUUGAAUUCUGUAAAUCAUUUGCUUCCGGUGGAAUCGGAAAGAAUGGUUCUACUAUUGCAGUGCCUUAUACUGGCACCGAGGUGAAGGUGUUUCCGUUAUGGGGAGCCGUAGGAAUCGCGGCUUUACUCGCCCAGAGCAGUAUGUCCGUCAUUCUCGCCGGUGGUGUAGGAAAAAAUGGCUCCACCGUGGCCGGAACUUCGGUGAUCUCGCCCAUUAUUCCAUUUAGUUUUGUCGUCGUACCAGCGUUCAUUAUUUAUAGGAAGAGUGCCGAGCACGUUUAUGAAAAUCAUCCCGCAUUGUAUAUACUCGCGUUCGGGAUGGUCGCCGCUAAAGUUACGAAUCGCCUCGUUGUUGCCCACAUGACGAAAAACGAGAUGCAAUAUCUCGAUAGCGCCCUCAUUGGUCCAGCGAUGUUAUUCUUGAACCAAUACUUCAAUUUCUUCAUUAAAGAAUACUACGUGCUGUGGCUGUGCCUCAUUUGGGUGACACUAGACUUCCUACGAUACAGUACGCAGGUCUGUCUCGAGAUUUGUGAUCACAUGAAGAUAAUGCUCUUCAGGAUACCGCCGCCCGGGGAUCGCGGCCAUUCGAGUAAUAAUGAAAAAAAUGUUCGCAUGGUGGUGGAACAAGAACCCCUGUUAGACGAGGACCUUCAUCACCACGGUUCGGACGCCUCGCUCGAGCUCUGAUAUCGUGAAUCUCGGAAGAUUUCGUACACGAGAAAUAAGGAAUAAAUUUAUGAAUUUGUCGACAAAACACGUGCUCCUGGCGCAAAAAGGAAACAAUGACUGUACAUAAUAUUUGAGGACGUUUCAAAGUAUUGAAAGGUUUUGUAAAUCGUUACAAAUUUCCGUCUUACUCGGGCAGUCUGAGUCGAAGAAACGGGAGAAAAAAGUGUUGACACUCGGGUCUCGAAAAUCCCCGAAGAGGCUGAUUAAAAAAUAUUCAAAGGCACCGAUUUUUAACAGUCCAAAUUCUGAGCCGUUCAGUGCCCGCUUCGAUAAUAUGUGUAGAAAAAUUUUGUUUUGCAAUUACCAAAUUCCAAAAUUACGCUCUCUCGAUACGUUCUAUCGUUUUUUUUUCUUAGCCAAAAUUUUUACAAAUUAGUGUUAAGAUUAAACUUCUGGAGGCACCUUUUCUGAUGGAAAUUCCGAGCCAAAUCUUCGUGCAAUUCUUCUAUGAGUCAUUCGAAAUCGACUCGGAGAGUGACAGCAAAAGAAACAGAUCGAAUUUCACAUUUAUUCGGUAUUUUAGAUUAGCCUAUGUACAGAGUGUCCGAGAAAUGGAGGCCACGAAUUACUUAGUCAAUGGGUCACGUGAUUCUCAUCUUAAAAAGUUCUCGGACGUUCUCUGCUCCAACGUUAAACGUGAUCAUCGUUGAGACCGCAGCGACACCUGUCAUAGUUUUCAUUGAAAACUCGUCUCUUCGUAUCCGUAAUUUUUUUUUAGAGGUAUUCAUACACAAGGUGUCCAGAAAAUUACGACCGUGAAAUUCCCACUGAAUAAAUGUUGCGAUUUUCAAGAAAAAAGUCUUUACACAUUUUUUUUGCUGCCGUGCUACUAAUGAGGUAUCGAUAAAUUAACCAUCAAAUUCACUAGUGAGGUUAACUUAAACCCCGGAUGGAUGUCGAAAAACUGAAAUUUCCGUCUGGAUUUUUUGAAGUCUUCAGCUUUUGAAUGCGUUUUUCGUCAACCAAAAAAAAAUAGUGAAGGAUCAGAAACGACAUCGAUCAUGAGUCAGAAGGAAAAAAUGCGUCACUCGUGUUCUAGAGUUGAAAGAACAUUCCGUUCGAAUCGCAAUGACAUGUGUGUUUCAAGUCGAACAAAAAGUGGUUCUUCGAAAAUUUCUUCUAUUGAGAUUUCGAAGGUGGCGCCAGUGGCUAACGCACGUAACCGAUUUUCGUUUAUUUGAAUCUGUAUUUGAAGAUGUACAUGUACAGGGUGCCCCCCAAAGAUACACACAAAAAGGAAUUAUGAAUUGUUAACGUGAAAUCUGUGAUCCCGAUAUCGCGUUUAAAUACCCUGCCUAACUUUCUUUUAAUGUUAUAUUUUUGCACGUUUGCUGCAAUGGAAUAAUUGCCGAACUUGGCAUAUUUGCGUUCAUCUCUCAAUUCAUAUAUUAUAUGAAUAGUGUUCGUAUAUAUUUAUUAAUAAAAACCGCUGUAAUUACGAGUUAUAAAAAUGUACCAUUGGAAAAAAGGUAGUGAUAUAACAAUUGCCUCAAUAUAAGAUGAUUAGAAUAUAUUUUUCGACCAAAAAAUUGUGAAAAACAUGCAGGAAUCGAGAGAAAAAAAUGUUAUCGGCUUACAAUAAAAACCCACCGGCUUGUUAGGUCAAAUUGUGAUAAAAAUGAAUGUAAACGUGAAAUACUGCAUUUCAUUAUUGAACGCAUAAAGAUAUAUGCGCAAAUAUAAAAAAGCUCAUGUACCAUGAUUGGAGGAAAACGUUGAUUUAACCAAAUUAGAGGUUAAGUUUAUGGUUCACAUUAUGAUGUUAAACUCGAGACGAAUGUGUCGAAAGAAUUAAAGUUUCAUAAUUGUAAAAGAA